CCGCUCUCCCGAGCGUCCCGCCUGCCCCGCGGUCUCCCGUGCCCGCAAGAUGGCUGACAGCCGGGACAGCGCCUCGGACCAGCUGAAGCAGUGGCAGAGCCAGCGCGGCUCCCAGAAACCAGAUGUCCUGACCACUGGUUCUGGAAACCCAGUUGGGGAUAAGCUUAAUAUCCUGACAGUGGGGCCGCGGGGGCCUCUUCUUGUUCAGGAUGUUGUUUUCACUGACGAGAUGGCCCAUUUUGAUAGAGAGAGGAUCCCUGAAAGAGUUGUGCAUGCAAAAGGAGCAGGAGCAUUUGGCUACUUUGAAGUGACUCAUGAUAUUACUAAAUACUGUAAGGCAAAAGUGUUUGAACACAUUGGAAAGAGAACACCAAUUGCGAUCCGAUUCUCUACUGUUGCUGGAGAGUCUGGAUCCGCUGAUACAGUUCGUGACCCUCGAGGCUUUGCGAUGAAAUUCUAUACAGAGGAGGGCAACUGGGAUCUUGUGGGAAAUAAUACUCCCAUUUUCUUUAUUCGGGAUACGAUGUUGUUUCCAUCCUUCAUCCAUAGCCAAAAGAGGAAUCCUCAGACUCAUUUGAGGGAUCCGGAUAUGAUGUGGGACUUCUGGAGUCUUCGCCCUGAGUCUCUGCAUCAAGUGUCUUUCUUGUUCAGCGAUCGUGGUAUUCCUGAUGGACAUCGCCAUAUGAAUGGAUAUGGAUCACAUACAUUUAAAAUGAUCAAUGCUAGUGGAAAUGCAGUUUACUGCAAAUUCCAUGCAAAGACUGAUCAGGGCAUCAAAAACCUUCCUGUUGAAGAAGCAGAAAAAUUGGCUUCUACUGAUCCUGACUAUGGAAUACGUGAUCUUUACAAUGCUAUUGCCAAAGGGAACUAUCCGUCCUGGUCUUUCUACAUUCAAGUUAUGACAUUUGAAGAAGCAGAGAAGUUUCCAUUUAAUCCUUUUGAUUUAACCAAGAUUUGGCCUCACGGUGACUACCCUCUCAUCCCUGUGGGAAGGCUUGUCUUAAACAGGAAUCCUGUCAAUUACUUUGCAGAGGUAGAACAAAUGGCAUUUGAUCCUAGCAACAUGCCACCUGGCAUUGAACCSAGCCCUGACAAAAUGCUCCAGGGUCGUCUUUUUGCAUAUCCUGACACUCAUAGACACCGUCUGGGCCCUAAUUAUCUACAACUUCCUGUGAACUGUCCCUUCAGAACUCGUGUGGCCAAUUAUCAGAGGGAUGGACCAAUGUGUUUUUCUGACAACCAAGGUGGUGCCCCGAACUACUAUCCAAAUAGUUUUACUGGUCCAGAAGAUCAACCCCAUGUGAAGGAGAGCCGCAUGUUCUUUUCGGGUGAUGUGCAGCGCUUCAAUAGUGCAGAUGACGAUAAUGUGUCCCAGGUGCGAGUAUUCUAUACCAAAGUACUGAAGGAGGAUGAACGCCAGAGGCUGUGUAAAAACAUUGCCGAUCAUCUUAAAGACGCUCAACUCUUCAUUCAGAAAAGAGCUGUGAAAAAYUUUACUGAUGUUCAUCCUGACUAUGGGGCUCGUAUUCAGGCACUACUGGACAGAUACAAUGCUGAAGCUGGGAAAAAGGAUGUAAUUAGGACAUACACACAAUCCACAUCUAGUGUGGCUGCUAAAGAGAGAUCCAACCUGUAAACCAUGCUAGAGAUCCUCUCUGUUCUUGAAAUUUGCGUCCACAUAACUGCAGGACAACCUGCUGAAGACAUUAGUGAAUGUAGCAGAUUUUCGCACAAAUAAACAAGAGUUUUACGGGCUUGAUCUGUUAAUUUUUCAAGUGCCUAUACCUGCAUGGAAAUGGAAAGUAACUCAAGCUAGCAACCCUAGUGCCUUUCAACACUAGUGCUCUAAUGUUUAUUAACAAUAAAUUGUGAUUUUUAAGGAAAUAUGUAACUAAAAAUAUAUUCACUUCUAGAAGCAGACAUAAGUUUAAUCCAAAUAUUGCUGCUUUUUUUCAUUGCAAGAUUUUGCUAGUUAAACUACAGUAGGAUUUCUAUACUGAUACUGUGAUUAUUGUUAGGGCUUGUGUUCCUGUUGAUAAAGUGAUGUGGCUUGUUAUUUCUAACAAGAGAGAUGACAUUUUGUAUUUUUAGGCAUUACUUCUGGAAGGCAAAAACAAUUCAAAGGAAAAUAAUACAUGUGCAAUAGUUUGUAAAAUGUGUGUUUCUGRUUUCUUGUAAGUGGAGCAAACUAAAAUGUUUAAUCUCAGUAUAUAUUGAUUUUACUUGAUACCUGUUUUUUGUGUAUAUGCCCUCCGAUUUUAUUAAAAUUAGACCAUUUAGUUSAUAAGUUCAAAGGGUUCCAAAUCUUUGCACUAUAUUGGUUUCUGUUAUGUCAAAGGAGUUUCUUUAGCUUAGUAUUAUCUUCAGUCUUUGAGUAUAACUGUCAGUUAGCUCUUAAACUGAAAAGGAAGUGUUCAUAGUUGAAAACCUAGAGGAAGUGUUGAAUGACCAUUAUGGAAUUUCUGGUGUUACCUUGGGGGCAUGUGUGUAUGAACAUGACAUAUAUAUAUGGACUAAAAGCAUAGUAUGGACUAAAAGCACAUUCAUAAAGCAUUAAUGCUUUUCCAGCAAAAUCAAGACUUAAAAUACUGAURAAGGCUAAAAUCCUACCCUUGUGUCUUUAUAUGGGGAGGGUUAUUCAAUUAGGGGGUAAUUAUGUUCAAGCUCAUGCUUGAGUUGUGGUUAAAAGCCUGCUAUAUCCAUUGAAUGCCGCAGUUAGACUUCUUUGUCUAUUAUGACUUUGGGCUGUGCUUGGCAAGAUUAGGCAAUUGCAUCUCAAAUUCUAACUAAUUUUAAUGGCUAUUCUGUCUACUUAGUUCUUUUCUUGCCAAAGUGAAGGUGACUGGCUAUAAUUAAUCCAGAUAUCAGUUGCAAAAUAUCAUCUCUACUUGGAAAUACUUGCUUUCCUUACUUGCCUGCUAAUAUUGCCUCCUCGCCAUUUGGAUUGCAAGGAACAUGAACUAUGUGAAGAAUUUGAGUACAGCUACUAAUUGUCAACCAAAUGUUAUGCAAGCCUUUCAGAUGAAACUUUCUAGUAUUGGGGAUGCUUGUGUGUCCUUCAACUGAAUUUCAAAGGGGAAUCCUUCCUGUAGGAGUGUGUUUUUUUCCUCAAGUGUGAAUUGACCUUCCAAGAAGUGAUGGCAGGUAGAUAAACAAGAGUUAGUGAUAAGUGUUCUGUGAAAUGGAAACUUUGUAGAAAGCUCCUUGUGYUCGAACUCAUUUAUCUGUUAACCUGUUGUGAAAAAUGAUGUGCCAUAUGAUAGAUGCAGUAGAACAAUGUAAAAUGAUAGUCUGCUUUACUGUAUAGUCCCAUGUAUUUUUACUUGAUCAGGAUAGUAGGAGCAGUGGAAAGAGCCACAUAAAUG